CUUUACACUCAUAUCUGUGGUUCUUCUAUUUAUACAGAGAUUUGAGGCAGUUAUUUUCAUACAUCAAAUACAUUAAGAUGUUAGAUUAGACGUCCUAAUGAAGAACUUUGCAAAUUCACUACCAAGGAGCAGAUGGAGGUAUUUAGCUAGAUCUAAGAGCAUGGUCAUGGGGGAGCUCUCCCGUGGCUCCAGCAGGCCGUCGUCUCCAGGCCUACAGGAGAGGGUGUUGAAAGCAGGCUGGCUUAAAAAACAGCGCAGCAUCAUGAAGAACUGGCAGUUGCGCUGGUUCGUGCUUCGAACUGACCAGCUCUACUUCUACAAGGAUGAGGAGGAAACCAAACCACAGGGUUGUAUCCAAUUACAGGGUAGUCAAGUCAAUGAGCUGAUAGCCAAUCCUGAUGAACCUGGGAGGCAUAUUUUUGAGAUAGUUCCAGGCAAUACAGGAGAGAAGGACAGAUCAGCUCUGAGCCAUGAGGCUUUCUUGCUUAUGGCAAACUCCCAGAAUGACAUGGAGGAUUGGGUCAAAGCCAUCAGACGGGUCAUCUGGGCUCCUUUUGGAGGAGUUAUCUUUGGGCAGCACCUAGAAGACACAGUACAAUAUGAGAAGAAGUUUGGGCCCCGGCUGGCUCCUCUUCUGGUGGAGCAGUGUGUGGAUUUCAUUCGGGAACAGGGUCUGAAAGAGGAGGGUCUCUUUAGGAUGCCAGGACAGGCCAACCUUGUCAAGGAACUCCAGGAUGCUUUUGACUGUGGGGACAAACCUCUGUUUGACAGUAACACUGAUAUUCACACAGUGGCGUCCCUCCUGAAGCUUUACCUCAGGGAGUUACCUGAGCCUGUGAUCCCCUUCAGCAAAUAUGAGGACUUUCUAACCUGUGCACAGCUUCUGCUAAAAGAUGAAGAAGUGGGACUCCGUGAGCUUGUGAAGCAGGUGAACACUCUUCCUCAGGCUAAUUAUAAUUUGUUGAAGUACAUUUGCAAAUUCUUAGAUGAGGUGCAGUCACACUCGAAUGAGAACAAGAUGAGUGUUCAGAAUCUUGCAACAGUUUUUGGACCAAAUAUCCUUCGGCCUAAAGUGGAGGACCCUGUUUCAAUGAUGGAAGGAACCUCUCAGGUCCAGCACCUGAUGACAGUGUUGAUCAGUGAACAUGAGCUGCUAUAUGUUGGGACUGAGGGAGAUGUUUCGUCUGAGCAGACAGGAAACUGUCCUCGGGGCAUGGCGGAGUGGAUCUCUGAGGAGGAGACCCUGAAAUGCCCAUCACCAAGUCAGACUUCCCAAAUGGUAGAGAGUGUUUCUGGCAGUGCUACGUCUUUGGAUAUCAAUGCAGGUGCCCCGACCACUGCCAAAGUGAUAACUCAGGGAAAAUCUGGGGUGAGCCCCAGCAAGCAGGCAAAAUCUCUUCCCUCCUGGAAGUACUCCUUCAAGAGUGGAGGGGUACGUGCUCAACCCGCAAAAAUUGGGGGCUCAUCUAUGGACGUAUCCAGCCUGCCCAGCACUGGAAACUGGUUAAUGAAUGGGCUUUCUUCUCUGCGUGGUCAUCGUCGUACAACUUCAGGAGAACAGAUGGGCAAGGAUUCAGCCCUGUCACACCGUUUGUCCACUUAUGACAAUGUGACCUCAUCUAGUCUCAGCAUCCCCAGUGCCACAAGUACGCCCUGGUCCACGUCCUCCUGCGAGAUCUUAGUGGCAGACUCGGUGGGCAGUGACCCCUCUGGAUUGAACUCUGUGGAGGCCGGGUGGUCAGCUGGAGGAUCUGUUCAAGGGCAGGGUGAGGACAGGAGUUCAGAGGUCACAGACAGCAGUGAUGCAUUUGGAAUGUGUGUGAGCAGUGCAGAUUGCAGUGAGAAUGGGAAUUUAGAAGAUCUGGCGAACUUCACAGGGGGUACUGAAAAUAGUACGAUGGCACUUGACAGCCUGGUAACAGAGCUGAAAGAUGAGUUGAAGAAGCAGAAGAUCAACUAUGAAUCACGAAUACGAAAGCUUGAGGAAUCAUGCAUAGCUCUGCGCUACCAGAUGGAGAGACUAGAGGAGGAGUUAGACCAGGAGAAGAAAAAGUAUCACAUGUUGGAAAUUAAACUUCGCAACUCUCAGCGGGCCCGUGAGGAUGCAGAGAACCGGAACCGUUUACUUCAACAUGAGAUGGAGGAGUUCUUCUCCACUUUGGGAGAUCUAACCUUGGGAACACGGACAAGCAAUAUUUGACUGGCCCUCUGAUGGGACAGUACUCCUCAUUUAACACUGAGAGACUGUGUGUUGUAGAUAGAAUUUUGGAAUCUCACUGCUCAUGCAUCAUGAGUAUUCAGAGUUAAUUUUAUGCUGUUUUGUUACAGCUAUUAUCAUGUGUAGCAGUUCUACUUUUCCCUUUUAUCUUCAGUUUUAAGUUUUAGGGUAUGGUUCAAUUAUUGGCAGUCAUUACUUUAAUAACAUGCACAGUAAAUACCAAAGCAUUACCUUACUGAUCAGACUGUUUGCAAUAUUUGCCCUUCAAAAAGGCAGGCCAUUACAACGGCAAUGGAUUUUAAUGCAUGUUAUGAAAGAAAUCCUGAUUAAUUGUCUCUUAAAGUUCUCCCACUUCCAUUUUUAUUUAACAAGUCUAUAUCAUUUAAUACCAGUCACCAUUUAUAGUACAAGCUGCAUCCUAUCACACUGUGCCUGACACUACCAAACACAAUGGUAAGUCAUUGAUGGCUCAUUUAGAUUGACUGUUAUACGAUCAGACUACACACACAAAUUUUGUCAGCAAAUCCCUUCACUGUAAUUGUAUUUUUUUUUUUUUAUUAGAUGAGGUAACAUUGUAGCCAUAAUAUGUCGAGUUGUUAAAAAAAAACUUUAAAUCGAUUUUUAUAAAAAGGACCAGAUAAUUUCAGUUGAAAGAUUGUCAAGGCUAGUAUUUAUUUAAGCUUAUUAAUGUAAAGCUAGAACUAUUCCUCAGGUGGUGUUUUUCAAAAUACACUCAAUGAAUGAGUGUAUUUACAUACAAAAGAUGACAGAACUAAGGCUGACAUAUACUUGAAUGUGUUCGUAUAAAGUAAGACCUUUUGUUUAGUUGUUGUGGUAAUUUUUUUUCCUGUUUAUUCAUUUUUGUUUGCAGAAAGUGCCAAAGUAGAGGCCCUCAGAAAAUGGGUAUUGAUAUGAUUUCAUUUUAAAUCAAUACUCACUAGCGUUAAAUAAAUUUACCAUUGCCAUCAAAACUAUAUAGUUGUGACUAUAUGAUGUACUAAGAAAAUCAUAAACAACUGUAAUGAGUGACCGAACAACUAAAUCAUACUGACUAAUAUCACAUUGCAGUGAAAAUGGAGUUCUGUAUAGUUUACAAAAACUCAGACUUUCAAGGGCUUAAAAAAUGCAUCUUAUGUGAUAUAAUGUAUAAAGCAUAAAGCAAAAAUUUGUCAAAUCAAAUACUGUAUAUGUGAAUAACUUUUUGGAAAUAGUGAACAAUGUUGUGACAAAUGAUGACAGACACUAAGCAAACCAAUUUUCUGACAGUUUAUUUCUAUUUUUCCAGAUGUAAUGAUGUUAACACAGUUGAAUUUCAGUGCACUCUAAAGAGGUGGUAAUCUGUAAACCCUACAAAACAACUGCAUCAGUUUGUGAAAUGUAAUAAACUCAGCUCCAUGAUCUUAUAGUUCUUAUACAUUUUUUGAACUUAAUAUCAAAUGUAAAGCAGGCCAUGCAAGAUACUGUACUGCCUGCUGUUGAAACUGUGGACGAGAUGCCUUUCUCUCCAUUUCAUCAAUUUCUUUUUCUGGAAAAAGCAAAACAUGGACUGAAUCCUUCCAAACCCUUUCAAUUAGAUGCCGAGUCUGAAAUAAGGUGAUUAAUUUUUCAGCUUUGAGUAUAUAAGCUGAAGAACACACACACAAAACAGCAUAGACGUAACAAGAAUGCUCACUCGUUGAAUACACACAAACAUCCAGAACAUUCUCAGAUUCACACUUCCAAACUCGACAGACACUUAAAUAUUUCUAACACAUCACAUGACAUGCACAUCUUAAUAAAAUAAAUAAAUGUUACAGUAAUACUUCUAAAAUGUGAGCUGUAUGGCGUCAGUGUGAGGUAGUUCAGACUCAACUCUCAAAUGGAUCGGCUGUUCCAUGCCUAAAAUGAACCACAUGAGAAGCUUGUUCUUGUUGCAGUUACAGUAGCUCAGUCUUCCCAGGUAUGUAUGUAUAGUAGGGCUAAAUAUCAUUGCCACUGUUAAGAGCACUUCCACAAAACAUACAAAAAAAACAACACAAUAUAAAAUAAUGGCAAAAAAUAAAAUAAAAAAAUCUUACCCUGCGUGUAGGUAAAUAAAACCAAUGGGCCAAACCCCAUUCAGAUUUAACAAUAUUCAGAUUCCCACUUUAUACUUCAGGCCUAUUCAACAUUCUAGCUCACAUUAAAAAACAAAUGUAUAUUAAUCUUUCAUCCAAUAUUGCAUAGAGCUCCAAAGUAGUCAGAAUCACAAGUUACGAUGCACACACAUACUGUAACUCAAUCCUCAAUACAGUAGCUCAUGUUCAUUUACGUUACGUUAUAUAAAGACUUUUCAUUCUGGGGGAGGAGAAACACAAAAAAGGUAAAACUAUGUGGGAAUAAAUUAUUUCCAAAUUUGGUUCAUUUCACUGUUGUACAAAAAUAAAUUAAGCAGCUUAAUGACUCUAAUAGAAUAUGCUAGAAAUGUACCAAUGCAGACACUUUUGUCUGUUCAAUCACUUGGUGUAAAAAAUAAAAUAAAAUAAAAAUUUGAUCCACCAGCUUCGAGAAUUGAUGAUCCAAAAGUCACAAAACUAACUUGCUCAUGUUACAAACUGGACUGAAUAUAAAAGAGAAAAAUGUUGCUCAAUGUUUGUUCCAUAUGUAGAUUUAGUAGGGGUAAAACACAAAUAAAAAAUGUGCUGAAAUCCUAGAUAAUCUAGAACAAUUCAAACAAGGUACAUCAGAAACAUACACACAAGAACGUCACAUUUCACAGUCAACUAAGAAAUUAACAAGCAGCAAAAAUAUUCAUGAAAAAAAAAAUGCAGCCUGACAAAAUAAAUCAAUGUACAUAUAAAAAUAUUUUUGAUGUCUUGAGCGACAGAAUCGAAAUGAAAGUGUGCAAAAUGUAAAUAAAAUGUGUUAAUCACAAAUAUGGAAAACACGACCCAUAAAAAAGCAAACACUGACAAGUUAUACAACAAUGUACUUAAAUACAGUUGUGGCCAAAAAUAUUGGCACUCUUGAUAAAUAUGAGCAAAGAAGGCUGUGAAAACAAAAUCUGCAUGGUUUA